AAGAAAGUCGCCAACGCCGUGGGAAUAUUCUCCCGCUCUCGACCAGCCCCUCCCCUCGGAGUGACUUGGACCGCAGCCAUGCCUAAGGUCAAGCAACAGAAGCGUAAUGGCGCCUCGAAGGCGAGCCCGUACGCCGAUGCGGCGGCAAAGACCAAGGCCGCCAACAGCAUCUUCAGGAUGAACACGGAUCUCGGCCAGCACAUCCUGAAGAACCCCGGAGUGGCCCAACGGAUUGUCGAGAAGGCGGAGUUGAAACAGAGCGACAUUGUGCUGGAGAUUGGUCCCGGUACUGGUAACCUGACGGUGAAAAUACUCGAAAAGGCGAAAAAGGUCAUUGCCGUGGAGCUGGACCCUCGAAUGGCCGCCGAAGUCACAAAGCGUGUCCAAGGCACGCCAGCCCAGAAACGCCUGGAUGUUAUACUUGGCGACGUGAUGAAGACGGACCUCCCAUAUUUUGAUGUUUGCAUUAGCAACACUCCGUACCAGAUUUCAUCCCCCCUCACAUUCAAACUCCUUGCAACGUCCCCGGCGCCUCGUGUCUGCAUCCUCAUGUUCCAACGAGAAUUUGCUCUGAGACUUUUUGCAAAACCGGGUGAUAAGCUCUACAGCCGACUCUCUGUCAAUGCCCAGAUGUGGGCCAAAAUUGAUCACAUAAUGAAGGUUGGGAAGAAUAACUUCAAGCCUCCUCCGCUAGUUGAGUCAAGUGUCGUCCGUCUAGUCCCAAAGAAUCCAAGGCCACAAAUCAACUACGAUGAGUGGGACGGACUCCUGAGAAUCCUCUUCGUACGGAAAAAUAAGACCAUUCGAUCGAGCUUUCUGGGGAAAUCCACCGUCAUGGACAUGUUGGAGGCAAACUAUCGGACAUGGUGCGCGCAGAAUGAUAUCCCAGUCGAGGAUGGACCGGCGGACAACGCUGAGACCGAUGCGAUGGAUAUUGUCAAUGGACAAAAUGAUGAUGAUGACGACGAUGAAGAUGAGCCUGACGAGGGCAUGGAGGUUGAUGACGAAGAUGAUGUGCCUGACUUUUUCAAGGAGCAAACAAACGCUCGCAUCCAAGACGCUCUCAAGAACCGGCCAAAUCGUAAGAGGAAAGGAAAGGUGGCAGAGCUGGUCAGAGAAAAAGUACGGCAGGUGUUGGAAGAUGAAACAGGGCUCGGAGAGAAACGUGCAAGGAUGUGCGAUGAGAACGAUUUCCUUAAGCUAUUGUGGGCUCUCUUCUGGAAGGCCGAAGAUUACUGAGACGAGUCCUAUUAAUGAAUUAUGACUGUCGUCACUGUAAGCCAUUCUCCGGGGAUCGGUCUCCAGCCGGUCGAAGAUGAGCCCGAGAGUCCUGAAAAAGGCUUUGCCAGAUGAAGGCUUCGCUUAGCAGGAGCUCAAUGUCCUUAUCCGUCCAAUCCUUUGUGGGAAGU